AUGGUGAAGCAAAUCGGUUCCUUGGAUGAGUUUCACUCCACCCUUAGCGCACCUGGAUUGGUAGUCGUCGAUUUCUUCGCUACAUGGUGUGGACCUUGUAUGAACUUCGCACCAAAAUUCGAAACCAUGUCAAAGGACUACCCAUCAGCCGUCUUCGUCAAGGUAGACAUCUCUGAAAUCCCCGAACUGCAGACCAAAUAUGCCAUCACAAGCAUACCAGCCUUCAAACUGUUCAAAAAUGGUGAAGUUGUUGCCGAAGUUGUAGGUGCCAGCGUAAUCAACUUGAAGAACGCUAUUGAGAAGAACCUGUGA